AGUAGGCCUGGGUGAGGGGUACAUGCCUAUCACAUCAUGCGCCUAAGAUGUAGGCGCUGUGAGCCUCAAAAACUUGGCGUAGGCAUGUGCCUAACGCCCCUAAAACACUGCCACCAGCAAUUCUGUUUUCCAGUGUGAUUUGUUUUUAAUCAUGGCAAUGCAAGUGAAGCUCGAGUUGGGGCACAGGGCAUCUCUGAGAACAAAGAAGACACCUGAGGGGUAUACCCAUGACUGGUCGGUCUUUGUCAGGGGACCAGAGGGAACCAAUAUUGAGCAUUUUAUUGACCGCGUUGUCUUUUACCUCCACGAGUCAUUUCCUCGUGCAAAGAGAGUGGUGAAAGAGCCUCCCUAUCAAGUGACUGAGACUGGUUAUGCUGGAUUCCUCCUCCCAAUCGAAGUGGUUUUUCGUAAUCAGGAGCCACGAAGUGUGCGCUUUGAUUAUGAUCUCUUCCUGCAGUCAACGGGCCCUCCAAUCAACCAUGUGCGGCUAGAGAAGCUCACUUUUCAAAAGCCAUCAGAUGACUUCAAGAAAAAGCUUCUCAAAGGCGGAGGAGUAGCUGUGGGAGUUGGAGAAUCCAGUGGAGAGAAAGCGCCAAAUCGAGGGGGAGAGAAAGAGAAAAAUGCUACCUCUGCCAUAGAACCUGUUGGUGGUAAAGGAGGGAAAGGCAAGGGUGGGGGAGGAGCAGCAGAGGUGAAAAAACCCUCAUUGUCAAGUCAUGUGGGAAUAGGAUCAUCUGGUCAUGCAAUUGCAUCAACCAAGUCCAAGUCAAAGGACUCAGGAGAAAAGGAGAAAGGACGUGACUUGGAGAAGGAAAGGGAGAGGGAAAAGGAGAAGGAAAAAGAAAGGGAACGGGAAAGGGAAAGAGAAAGAGAGAAAGAAAAAGAAAAAGAGAAAGAAAGAGAAAGAGAGAGGGAAAGGGAAAAGGAAAAAGACCGAGCUAGAGAAAAGGAGAAGAAGAAUGCCCUUGGAAGAAAAGACCCAUUCUCUAGUCUCUUUGGUGAGCCCAUCAAGACACUCAAGCAGGAGAGGGAGAAGGGGAAAGAAAAAGAUAAAGAAAAAGAGGUAGAAAAAGAAAAAGAUAAAGAGAAGGGUAAGGAGAGGGAGAAGAAGGAAGAGAAGGAAGGUAAAGAGGAGAGAAGAUCCCUUUCCAAAGGGAAGAAAGAGGCCAAGCGUCCCUUGACAGAUGAUUUUCAUCACCGUCAUGUUCCUGACAAGAAACCCAAGCUAGAAGAGGACAAGAAGAAAGAGAGAGCUAAGGAAAAAAGGGAGAAGCACAAGCCAAAGAAAGACCGAGAGAAGGAAAAGGAGAAGGAGAAAGUUGAAGUUGAGAAAAAGCUGGAAAAAGUUGAGGUAGAGAAAAAGCCAGAGAUAAAGAACAAGCUGGCAAGUGAAUCUCAUGGAGUGGAGAAGUUAAAAAAUGGCCUCAAAUCCUCAAAAGGAGAAGAGAAGAAGCACAAGAAGGUGAAGAUGGGGAGUGAAGAGAAAAACCCCAAAAAAGAGAAGGAGAAAGAGCCUGAGAGAAAGAUUGCAUUGUCUGCUGCCAAGAAGAUAUCUGUAUCUCCAGUGCCAGAGAAGGUGAAAGAUGUUAAGUCAAGUCAGAACCACAGUCAGACCCACGUGCAUGUGAAUGGACAUGUGGCUGACUCUUCAAGGACAGAGCCUUCUUCAAAUAAUGUAUUUCGGAAGCUCAUGGCUGAACUUGGCAGUGAUGAUGAUGACUCAAGCAAAAGCAGUGAGGAUGUCGCACCUGUGUUUUCAUCAAAGACUGAAACUGUGGAAGCUAAGGGGACUGUCAUCCUGAGUUCUGAUUCGGAACCAGAGAUGCGGAAGAGGAAGAAACCAUCGGGUGAAAGACACAAGAAGAUGAAGAAGAAAAGGAAGAGAAAGAAAGGAAGUGGCAGCAGCCACAGUGACAGCAGUGAUAGUCCUAGUGAAAGUGAGGAUGAAUCUGGGGUAGAAUCGCAACGCAGACGAGAGGUCAGUUCAUCCAGUGAUGAUGAUAGGGAUCCCAAUGCCAACCUUAGACUGAACGCAAACGAAAGUGUGAAGUCGACCCCCCGACCCCUUUCCUCUUCCUCUGAGGACCAUUACUCCCAACUCUUGGACCUCCACAGACGAAUCAUGGACCUGCGUGAUUGUGACCUCCUACAGAAGAUCGUGGACGUGAUCAAGGAGACGGGUCAGUUCGAGAUCACGAACACGACCUUUGACUUCAACCUCUGUGCGCUUGACAAGGGCACGAUCCAGAGACUUCAGAAUUGCUUUUAGUGUGAUCUUCGUGAAUGUGAUACCCAUCACUUGCUAUCGCAUUUGCUGGUACCAUAGGCCUUUUACUUCUAUGCUGAUCGUCAAUUAUUAAUUAGUGACUGAGAUAUGUAUUUAUUUCCUGUUGUGGUAACCAUCACACACAGGCAGUUUGAUUUGAAACAAUUCAGUUCAAGGUCAAAGUCAGAAGUGCAAUGGCAUUCCUUUAUGAAAAAUGAUUUUUUUUGUGUGUGUCAUACAUAUGUGCAUGUAGUUGUCUCUCUGCCUCCCACUUGGAAUUCCUGUGUCAAACUUAGAACCCUUUCAAAGGAAUGGUUUUUGAAAGGACCUGUAAGAGUCUCACCUUGAACCUGUCAUGAUUUUGGUAGGUUAUGGCCCAUGAUAAUUGCCAUAAGUCAUAUUUAGCUUAUUAACCCUUAUUUCCCUUAUCCUCAAGACUUGAAAUCCACUCAUGCUGGUACUCUCUCCCCCGCCCAUUGAGACUGAUUGUCAGUACCUUGUUCUAGCUACUGACAAACCAGUUAUGAUUAAGAGGCAUUAAAAGGUUGCAUUAGUUUCAAACAUGCAAGUCACAAGCUUGCUAUCCUCCCUGGUGAAACUCUUGAGUGCAAAGUGGAGUCAUUAAUUUCUGCCUCUUGUAAGCUGAACCUUCAAUAGCAUGUUUUAUAAAAUUGAAAAUUCCAUUACAGCUUCCAUAGGAAAAUGUGUUGCAAUCUCUUGUGCUUUGUUAUAUUUUUUUUUUUGUCUCCUUCCACCAGCAGAUCUAUCCAUAGUGUUUACUACUUAUGCCUUGCCAUGACCACAAUAACUGUCCCUAAAAGAACUGAGCUCUGGUGGAUAAUCCAUACAUGGACCUUUGAAAUGUAGUUUCAACUCCUUGACUUUGCUUACCCUGAUAAGCAGUUGAGUUUAAGAAAGCCUGGAAAUUUGGUUUAGUGUGAAAGUCAAUCAGAUUUUGUUGAUUUUUAGAAUGGUACAACUGCUGGGUGCUUCAGUCCAUGAGGUCUUAUCUUUGGCCAAAAACCUAACUCUUUUGAACUUUUUUUGUUGUUGCAAUUAUUCCCUAAUUAUGUCUUUGUUCUAUUGAUGGGCAGAACAGUCUAUGCAAUCAUGUAACUUUUUUUUAUGAGGAUAUUUAUAGUGGGAAGAAUCAUCAAGUGCUCUAGUUCAAUUUUUUUUAAUGGGGCUGCAGCAAAGUUGCCAUCAUGCAAUAUAACAAAUGACUUUACCCGAGACUUCUCAUUUGAACAUCAGGUUACAGUCCUAGGUAUCACAAGCCAUUUGGUUGUGAAGGAUUUUAAGCAACUACUGUGUGUUCAUGAAAUUUAUAAGUGGCCUUCGUUCAUCUCCAUGUGGCUCCCAAUCAAGAAAGAUAGUCACAUGGAUGAGCAGAGCACCUGAGCAUAGUGCAGGUCAGACCCAGUGAGAAGCAAUAGAAAAGUUUAAAAGCAUUUCCUCCUGAUAAGAGGAACCACUAUAAGUAGGCUGAGGAGAACUGAAUGAACCCUUAUUUAGUCUCCUCUGCCAAAGGCUCCGAUUAAAUUUUUCCAGUUUAUCCCUGUUUCCAGAGGUUUUUGUUUUCUUGUUUUCAGAGAGUAUUACAGUGGGAAUUUGAUGUGGUACAAAAUAAGUGUUUCACAGCACAGCUGAUGUGACAAUGUCCCUUCUCUAUCUCCAGUCCUUCCUUCCCUUAUCCUGUCUUGUUUGCCAUCCUGGAGUGGAGUUUUGGGCAUGUUGCCAUUACCAUUAAUUUUUUUAGUCUCUUGUUUUUCAUUCUUUCUGAUGAUGCAAGGAAUAUAUCCAACACUAUUUUGAUGAGGUUGUCAGUUAUAGGAAUGGCCCGAUUCUACUUAUGGCGUGCUGAAUGUAUUGUGCUGGAGUUCCCUUGUGAUUAUUGACAUUCCAAUGAAUUUAUAAACCAAAACCUUCUCUAACCUCAAGUUGACAAAGACUGUGAUGAAGCAGUUCAGGAAUUUUAUAAGAAUCAGGAAGCCUGGAAGAACAUGUGCCUCUGCAAGUCUUCUUUCCUGAGCCUCUGGUUUUUGCUCCUCAAAUGCAUUUCUUGCUCUCAUCACAAUCUGUGUCAAGUUUUCUUCCAGCAACUUCACUACUUUUCUACAAAUUCGAUCAUCCUCAUGGUCAAUUGUAGCUUCUUGCACCAUAUCCACUCCACGAGGCUUCUACUUCCACUUCUCUUUUUCUGUUAGUCUUUCCAAGUGGCUGUUUUGUUUUCCAGAAUCAAGAAUACCUCGUGUUAUUCCUGUCAUGAUUUUGAUGCUCAGAGAGAAUGAAAAUGAUCA